AUGGAUGUCGAUAACCGUCCCCUGGCCGAGGACCGCUCCCGUCGGGCCACCAGUGUUCUCUCCAUGGAUGAUAUCGAGGCAGCUCAGGCGCUCGAGGGCCUCCGUUCGGGUAAUUUCUCCUCGCUUCUUGGCUGUGUACAGAUCCAUCAAUGGCAGGCUGACAAGAUCAUUGAUUGCUUUGCAGAUUACGGACAUCCAUCCCCUCGAACUUCUACGCAAAACAAUCCCUCCAAUGCCCCCUCCGCCCCUGCGUCCGACUCCAAGCCCCAGCCUGAACCCCUCCUGUCCCUGCUUACCUCUACCCAUCCGUUGAUCUCCUCGGCGAUCAACGGGUCUAUGUCCGCAUAUACCUCCUCCAAAUCAUACUCGCCGCGUUUCAAGUCUGGCGCCGAGUUUAUCGAGCGCAACAUCGGCUCCCCCGUUGCCAACACCGUCGGGACCGUAGGUCGCAAGACCGGUGUCGAGAGCGGUCUCCGUUGGGCACUGCAGCGGCGCGAAUCCAACUCCACGGACCCAGCGAAGAAAAGACGGAAAGUAAGUGGUGAGAAGCAGCAGCCGCCAGACGCGGACGUGGAGAAGGGGCUCGCAGACGACAACGACACGAUGGACUCCCAGCGCAUGCGCAGCUCCUCGGACCUGUCGCACUCCGAGCCCCUCCCGCCCUACGACGAUAACAAGUCGCCGAACUAUGAGGAGAUCGGCCGGCCGUCGUCUCACCAGAGCCCCUCCACCUGGCAGAGCCGGCUGAUGAUCUCCACGUCCGGCCUGGGCGUCGCCAUGAGCGAGGAGUCCCUGCGCAGUUUGCAGUACUGCCUGACCUGGCUGCGGUGGGCAAACGGCCGGCUGGGCAAGGCCAUCAUCGCUCUGCAGGGCGCCCUCAAAGAGUGGGAUAGCGCCAAGCAGGAGAACGGCGAGGGUGACGCCUCGUUGCUGUCGCAGCGUAUCCAGGCCGUCAAGGAGGAUGUCCUCUCGACCUUGAAACAGGUCGUCGAUGUCGUCUCCAAGUAUGCCGGUGGAGCUCUGCCGGAAAACGCGCGCAACCUGGUCCGUCGCCAUCUUACUUCCCUGCCGCAUCGGUUCCAGGUCGCCUCGACGUCCAAGCCUCCUCCCGACUCACCAGCGUCCAGCUCAGACGCCACACUCGGCGCUCACCGUAUCUUGGUGCUGGCGCAGGAGGGUUUGGACAUGAUGGCGCAGGUCAGCGGCGUGGUCAAUGAUACUCUUGUUAGUGCUGAACAUUGGUGCCAAAGACUGGGCAGGAAGCGCCCAGAGAGGGACAGCAAGCGUCCGGGGGAUAUGCAACCGCCUGAGUCCCGUCGGGAGCAGUACCCAGUUGACGUCAAGCAGCCGAUCCGUGAGGAAUCGCAGGAUGUUGCGAUGACGGGGACGGACGAGAAGGUGUAA